AUGCCGCUUGAUCGCACAUCUUCAGUCAGCUCGGCGCUGCUUCUGCUCGCUGCACUCCCUUCGGUUCUGGCUCACGGUGAUGAGCAUGAGCAUUCCGGAUUGGUGAUGAAUAUGGGGAGUACACAUGUCAACAUGACAGCUGCCGCGACAGUUGCAGCAACUUCGGCCGCUCCGAACAACUACUUCCGCUAUUCCGCAUUCGCGGCGUGGAUGUAUGCGCAUAUUGCUCUGAUGACAAUCGCUUGGGCAAUCGUUCUUCCUAUCGGAGACUUGGGACUGACCGGAACACANGCUGUCGUAUUUAGCGUAGCUCGCUCACGCUUCACGAUCCCGGUGCAAGUCGCAUUCUUAGCAGUCAACGGACUCGGCCUUUUCACCAGCAUCAUUUACGAUGCAAAGACACCAGACCUCUACCCAAACAAUGCACACCACAAGAUGGGAUGGGCUGUGACUUGGAUCGCGGUAGUGUGGUUCACUAUGACCUUUGUGAACAUCUAUAUGGCCAGAAGGGAGAAGGCCAAGGAGAGACAUGCAAUGACGGCUGACAAUAUCGCACAAUACGAUCGCCUUCAGGACCAUAGGUGGUCAAGAGAUUCCGGUCACGACUCAGCGACGCUCUGCUCUGGUUCUCGUUCACCUAGCUCAGACUCUGUACCGACGCAUAAGCUAGCAAGUCCAGAAGAUUUUGAUGAAGAGGAGGGAUCCGAAGAGCAAGGAUUCAUCCAGAACAACGCGGUUGAUCGCUUCCUCUCACGCAAGGUUCCUCGCAUUUCGACUGGUGGAGCACUCAUGGCCUUCAAGGUUGUCUUCACUUUGAUCGAACGCUGCAUGCCAAUCCUUGCGUUUGUGAGUUUGUUGAGCGGUUGUGUCGUAUUCGGUGGACUCUACCGUCAACGUCUCAUCUUCUCUGGAAUGGCGCAUGCAGUCAAGGGCGGCAUCUUCUUCUGGUACGGCAUCCUGACUCUUGGAAGAUGGAUGGGUGCAUUCUCGGACUUUGGUUGGGCGUGGAACGUCAAGCCUGAGUACCCCAUGGUAUCUCGCUUCGCGGCCGGACUUCCCUCAGCCGAGUUUGUCGAAUCCUUUGUCAUCUUCUUGUACGGCGCAAGCAAUGUCUUCCUCGAGCAUCUCAAUGCUUGGGGCAAGGCAUGGAGCGCCCAGGAUCUUGAACACAUCAGUAUCACCAUCAUGUUCUUUGGUGGCGGUUUGAUGGGUAUGCUGAUCGAGAGCAAUAAGGUUAGGAACCUCUUCAACACCUCAGUCUCGACCUGGCAGGAAGAGGCUACACUCUUUGGUGAUGCUGUCGAGAAACAACGUCAAGAGUGGGAAGUACCAAAGACAUACAAGACGAGUCUCAACCCAAUGCCCGGCCUUGUCAUCAUGCUUUUGGGACUGUCAAUGUCAGGACAUCACCAACACAGCAUGGUAUCGACAAUGCUGCAUCAACAAUGGGGCACUCUAUUCAUGGGCUUUGCAAUGGCUAGAGCAGCGACCUAUGUUUUGCUUUACCUAGCACCACCGAAGUCAUUCUUCCCUAGCCGCCCUCCGACCGAGCUAGUGGCCAGCUUCUGCCUGAUCAGUGGUGGCAUGAUUUUUAUGGGCAGCUCAACAGAUGCCGUGAGCACGAUUGAGGGCAACGGCCUGGAUGCCAUGUUCCUCUUCACCGUUGCUUUGGGUCUGACCGCUCUAGUGAUGUCCUGGACCUCUGUUUGCUUCGCUCUCAAAGGAUGGGCUGUGAGAAAAGAAAAGACUGUGUAA